UAAUUAACUACCCACCGUAUUCACCAGAUCUGAUCUCCAAUGAUUUUUUCCUGUUUUCUAGGCUCAAAGUUAGGCUCGAAGGACACAGAUUUUCAUCAAACGAAAACACUUCGACUGACACAAAUGACUCUCAAACAACAACUGAGCGUCCAAAAAAAUGGCUACAAUUUUCACAGGUCAAAAUUUGUGGAUGCUACUACAUGUAAAGCCCUGGAGCACCUCCAAAAAAAACAUACGAGAUUCCGGGUGCGUUCGGGGAGACGCUAUUCGCGCUAUUUAGCGCUACAAACUGUUCGCGGAGCUGCAGAUAACGCUAAUAAACACGUCACUAAUGGUAGCGUGUUACGUUACAACUGCGCGUCAUCAAUUCGUCAAGGUUAGAUUAACGUUUGAGGGGAUUCUAUUUCGAGUGACACCAAACUUUUCUCUCUUUAGAAUUUUGUAGAAUAAAUGUACGCACGGAACGUGUGAAUUUCAAAUUUUAUGAUAGUGAAUGCAAUCUCAAUUUCAAUCUCUGCAAUUGAUGGCUUGCCACUAGGCUGGAGUGAACUAAUUCUUGCUUGUGUAUCAUCUUUAACUUUUCAAAGUUUCUGCAGAGUUCAACUUGUGUAUUUGAUUUCAUUAAAGAUGUCAGAAGUAUCUUGUUACUGGCGAUUACUAUGGCAUGCACUAUGAUCAUAGAGAUUGCAAUUAAGAUUGCGUUCUGUUAUUCACUACGAGAAAUUAAUUUACGUUACAAAUACUUUACAAAACCGUAAAAAUUUAAAUUACAGAAAAAUGUUUGGUCGGUGAUUGAAAACAGAAUCCCCUACAUUAACUUAACCUCGACAAAUAUUAAAUCUCUCUGGUUAAAUGCUACCAACGCUACGCUAGGAUCGUUCAUGAAACUUGCUAACGCUAUCGCGCUAUUGGCUCCACGAACAGCGUUGGUAGCAUUUGCAUCCAUAGCGCGAAUAGUAUAUCCCGGAACGCACACUCUGUCACUGA